GGGCCAGCGCUCCGGUAGAUGGCACGCACGGCCCCGGCACAGCGUCACGGCAGCGGGGGAGCGAAAUCUGACACUGCCAGACACUCCCUCGGGAUAGCCAGGGGCCGAGCAGGAACCAGGAAAUACAGGCUCUGCCCGUCCCCAGAACGCUCCUGCUUCAUGGAGGAGGCAGCGACAUGGGCAACCUCCCCAGCUGCGGGCGACCGUGGAACUGUCCUUCACCUUUCAAAAGAAAGAAAGAAAAGCAAGGAGCUAAUGUGAGACUUGAGAGCCAGCAGCAGCAGCCUGGCAGGCAGGCUCCCACGUACGAAGACGUCCCGGAGUUCCCUGUCUAUGCCACGGUGAGCAAGGGCCAGGCUGUGCAGCAGGAGGACAGCAUUCACUAUGCAGACAUCCAGGUGUUCAGCAAGGCCCGGGAGCGCUCCGCAGCCGAGGUGAAGAACUUCCAGAUGCAGAACGCCACGGAGUAUGCCACCCUCAACUUCCCCCGGCCCAGGCUGAAGUAUGACAGCAAGAAUGGGACCCUGGUGUAAGAGGCUUGGUGCUCCCCCUCCCCCCGCCUCCUUCAGCAGCAAAAGGAUUUCACAGACUUGGGAAUGUUGUAGAUGUGAGCUGACCUCGUGGGCACAGCAGGUCUCCCUGAGAAUCACAGCGUUGUCAGGGUUGGGAGGGACCUCAAAGGUCAUCCAGUUCCAACCCCACCUUCCAAC